GUGUUUUCCUCAUAUGUGCUUACUAUUUUUCAUCUUUAGCUGUGGCUUAGAUACUCUUACGGCAUCUGAGAGCAUGAAAGAUCCUGAUACCCUUACCUCUGAUAGCACCAAUUUCACACUUGGAUUUUUCAGCCCUGAGAAUUCAUCCAAUCGUUACCUAGGAAUUUGGUACGUGUUAAAAACCACUGUGGUAUGGGUGGCUAACAGAAACGAACCUCUCACAGAUUCUCCUGGGAUUCUGAAGAUAUCUGAGAAUGGCAAUCUUGUCAUGCUAGAUGGAGAGGAACAUGUUGUUUGGUCAUCAGAUGGAUCAGACAAUGACACGUCCCAUGUCAUCUUGCAGCUUCAGGAUUCUGGAAAUCUUGUGGUGCAGAACAACAUCACAGGAAUAGUGAUCUGGCAAAGCUUCCACCAUCUUUCUAAUACAAUACUGCAACGCACUAAUGGUGGUUUUAAUGCACAAACAGGUCAGAAAUUCAUGUUGACAUCAUGGAAGAGCCCUUCUGAUCCAUCCGUGGGAAGCUUUACAGCUUAUAUGGGACAGAGUACAGUUCCUCAACUGUUCGUUUGGAACAACAGUCACCCGUAUUGGCGUGGAGGUCCGUGGAAUGGUCAAAUCUUCACUGGCAUACCGAAUUUGAAUAAUCAGUAUCUCAAUGGAUUAACUUUUCAGAAAGAAAAUGGUACUUUCUAUUUACAUUUUGUAUAUAUAAACCUGUCACCUUCAUCAUUCUAUAUGUUGAACUUUGAAGGGAUAUUGGUAUUUAAUAGUUGGGAUGACAAUAAGAAAGAGUGGGUGCCUCAAUGGACAGUACAGCAAUCAGACUGUGACCUUUAUGGUAUUUGUGGAUCUUUUGGAAGCUGUGAUCCACACAGAAAGCCAAUUUGUAGCUGUUUGAGAGGUUUUGUACCAAGAAAUACAGAAGAAUGGAAUAAAGGAAACUGGACUAGUGGGUGUGUAAGGAGGAAACCAUUGAAGUGUGACAGGGUCAAAAAUGAAACCAGGAAUGGAUAUAAUUAUGAUGAUGAUGAUGAUGAUGAUGAUGGGUUUGCGCAAUUAGAGAAUACCAAAGUUCCAGACCUAGUAAAUUGGACUCUCAUUGCAUCAGCAUCACCAGAUUGCAGAAUCCAGUGCUUGAACAAUUGUUCCUGCUUAGCAUAUGCCUAUGAUGCUGGCAUUGGUUGUAUGAUGUGGAGUGAAAAUCUUAUUGACAUACAAAGGUUCUCAAGUGGUGGCCUCGAACUAUACAUUCGACUGGCAAAUUCAGAACUAAAAGUAAAGAGUAAGAGCAAAUUAGCAGUGACAAUUUCAAUUCCAUUGACAAUAGGAACAAUUCUUAUCGCAGCUUUUGCAUAUAUCAUGUGGAGACGUUCUGCUAAACAUCAAGAAACAGAAGAACCAUUAACAAUAGUAGACGAUGAAAUCUCUAGUGAGAUGCUAAAGGAACUACCACUGUUUGAAUUUGAAAAGCUCGCAGUCGCAACCAACAACUUUCAUUCUGCUAAUAAGAUUGGACAGGGUGGUUUUGGCCCAGUAUACAAAGGAAAAUUGCAAGAUGGACAAGAAGUUGCAGUUAAAAGACUUUCAAGCAUAACAGGACAAGGCCAUGAAGAAUUUAUGACUGAGGUGGUGGUGAUUUCGAAGCUUCAACAUCGCAAUCUUGUGAGACUUCUUGGUUGCUGUGUAGAAGGAGGCGAAAAGAUGUUAAUUUAUGAAUACAUGCCAAAUAAAAGUUUGGCAGCAUAUCUCUUCGAUCCACUCAAACAAGAUGUCCUUGAUUGGCAAAAGCGUUAUCAUAUAAUUGAAGGAACUGCUCGAGGUUUGCUCUAUCUUCACAGAGAUUCAAGACUAAGAAUUAUACAUAGAGAUCUCAAGGCAAGCAACGUCUUAUUAGAUCAAGAGCUGAAUCCUAAGAUAUCAGAUUUUGGUACAGCAAGGAUUUUUGGAGUUAGCAAAGAUGAAGGCCAUACAAGAAGAAUAGUUGGAACAUACGGCUAUAUGCCUCCAGAAUAUGCAAUAGAAGGAAUUUUUUCGGAGAAAUCAGAUGUCUUUAGUUUUGGAGUUUUGCUAUUGGAGACAAUUAGUGGGAGGAAAAGCACAAGCUUCUACAAUGAUCAGCAAGCUCUAACUCUCAUAGGAUUUGCGUGGAAACUAUGGAAUGAAGAGAACAUCAUGCCUUUAAUAGAUCCUAAGAUACAUAACCCACAGUUUGGAAAGGAUAUGAUGAAAUGCAUACAUAUCGGAUUAUUAUGCGUGCAAGAACUUGCAAAAGACCGACCUACCAUGGAUUCUGUUAUCUUAAUGCUGCACAGCAAGAUUGUCAAUUUGCCUUUCCCCAAGCAACCAGCUUUCGUCAAUUGGCAGGCUGCAUUUGCAAAGAGUUCCCAUAAUCAACAAAAUUCUACCUCCAAUUAUCAUGUCACUAUCACAAACAUCCAGGGCGUGAAAUCAACCAUUAUCAGCAACUUGUGGGGCCCAGAAUGAUUCUGAUUUUGCUUCAAAGUUGGCUAGUCUGACUAUUUUGACCAGCUACUGGGAAGACAACGUUGAUGUCACAACACACGAUACCACACACACAAAAACUCACAGAUGAUGGAGGUUAGAGGCUCAGAGGAUAAGGUCGACGAAGGAAGACCAGGAAAGACGAUACUGGAACUGAAAGGAGUGGUGGAGUCUAGAAAAUAAAAUGCACCAAAAAGCUGAGACCAGGGACAGUGGAACCACUGUAGCAAAACCAAUGAAUGAAUGAAGGGAACUAGGGAGGCUGGAAUCUGAACAAGUGACGUGGACGAGUGAAGUAGUGAACCAGUGACAACAUGACCCCGAGACCAGCACCUGACGCGCAUAGAUGAGGUCGAGGAAAGAAAGGAGAUGAGGUCGAAGAUUUCAAAGUCGUCGAUGUCACAGUUACACAUACAUACACUGGAAUUUCCAACAGAGGAAAGGAGAAGGGAUUUCGCAGCAGCACACACACUGAGCCGUGGGCUUGAGAUGAGGUCACACACUCACAUUCACGCGACAAUAGUGAGAUGCACUAGCUCCUAGGAAGAUGCCAUUGAGGUCCCAACACAUGGAGUCACAAACGGCGAAGGUCUGAGGCUCAAAGAAUGAGGUUGACGACGAUGAGUGAAGAAAAGAGUGAAUUGAGGAGAUGAAGGAAGACUGGAAAAGAAGACUGGAACUAGAGAGGAGUGGUGGAGUCUGUACCCUUUUCUUAAUGCUUUUCGUUGACGACGAUGAAGAUUCAGCCACUCCCAAGGCCUUAAGUGGCUGCCACUGCAACUUGAGGGAGAAGCAAAGCAAGGAAAACGAUGAAGACGAUGAAGAAGAGAGUGAUGUAUCUAGUCAAAAGGGUCAAACUAGCUAGCUUUGAAGCCGAGUCAGAACCACAUGUGGAUCCCACCAGUUGCCACUUCAGCAUAUAACAGCAAAUUUCACGCUUGGC